CGUCGUCACUAAUUAUGAUGAUGCAACUCGACAGUAAUGCUGUAAACCGUCCAUCCGUCUCACUGCCGUCUCUGCGGCACGUCAGCUAUGCCUGCAGCCAUGCCUGCCUGCCUGCCUGUCUGUGCUGGUGUGACCAUUGCACUCACCCGCUCCAGCACCACGUGAGUCAAUGCAUCCACAGGAUUAGAUAACUCGCCAAGCAAAAACAACAGAGGGAAAUCUACUAACGACAAAUGUCAAAUACACGUACACAGCUGCUCGAAUUCCGCAUCAAUGUGCUCGUUCGGCAAAACAAAGACACAUUUUGGAGCGGCACACAGCACAAUCCUGUAUGCGCUGCAUGCGUAGAGUGGCGUCUAUAGACCCCCUUGCCUUCCCCCUCUCCCUCUCAUUUACUCUCAGUGCAGUAUGACUGCGUCCGGCGCUAUUGUGAUGCCCACAUUGGCGAUCGGCGUCGCUAUGCCGCGGAGUGAGACAAGGUCAGGGUGGCAAGCGCCAUCAUGAUCUUGCACCACGUAGCGCUGCAUACGAGCACACACACAUACACACACACGCGCACACACACAAGAUGAGCAAACAAGUGUCCCUGCUAGCACAAGGCAGCUCACCACUCGGCAUCUGCCGUCGCUGGGCGCCGAGAAGCAGUAGACCUGCCGAAAUGCAGUCCACAACAAAGGCAGAUAUGGGCGACUGACGCGUGACGUCGCUACCUUGACGGAGACGCCUUCAUCAGGGUCGCCGUGGAAGCCACCAACAUCGAUGACCACCGAAUCCUACAUAGUCACGUCACACAGGUGCACAUGUGAACAAGAAUUAAGGCGACAAGACAAUGCCUGACUGACGCGCACCUCGAAUGUGCCCUCCCCAUCAGACAGGGCUCCAGAGUAUGCACACCUAGUGUCGACACGGCCCCUAUAACGACGAAACAAAAGUCAGCGAUUGAGUGCGAGGAUGGGGUCGUUGCUUGCGGCAUGUUCGUCCGUACUUGUUGUCUCUGUCGCAGACGUGCAGGUCAACGUCUCCCUCGAGAGAAUCGGCAGCUGACCAGCCAGGGGAAUGAUGGACAUCGAGCAACCAGACGCACGGGAAGGAUGAAAGCAUAUGCAGUAGGCGUACCUACGACGAUCCAUGGGUACGUGAACUCGUCUGGCCAGUUGAUCUUCAAAUAGAUGGACUCCUUCGCCUCCAAAGCCAACUCGAUGUCGGCCGGCGGCGCUACACAGCACACAAGCGCAGCAAAUAUUUGACGAAUGAACACUCUCGCCACAUGAUGGUCAAGCUCACGUGGGCAGGUGGUCUCGCUGGGACUGGGGUAAUUCAUCUCUGCAUUAACGAAAAGCACAUUCGAAGGCAAUGCAGUUCCUGCCUAUCAAACACGUACCAGAGAUGGCAUCCACAUCACUCCAUGUCAGCUCGUUCUGUAUAUCUCCUCUGGGCUUGCUCGUCAGCGAGAAAGUGUCACCGGUCUUCUUGAUCGUCAAGUCAGUCCUGCUAUCCAGAAGAGCCUCCUUGAGCUGCGCCGGGUCGUCCAGACUGACAGGAACAAAUCAACAAAUCAGCAAAUAUCGAGUCCGACAGACGAGUCUAUUACUGAGGAAGCACUCACUCCAUGUGGCGCUUCUCCUCCUUGGUGUCUUUCUUUUGGUCCUUUGGGUGCUUGAUCUCGUCUGCGUCUGUUGUGCCCUCGUCUUUCUUGUCCUUGUCACCUUUGUCUUGUUUCUUGUCACCUUUGUCUUCUUUCUUGUUAUCCUUCGGGUGCUUCAAGACGUCGGUCGGAUGCUUGAUCUCGUCGGGUUUCAUAUCUUUGUCAGCCAACUCGUUCUUGUCCUCUUUCUUGUCGUCUUUCUUCUCCUUCGGGAUCUUCAGCACGUCCUUCGGUUGCUCGACGUCGUUCUUCUCCUCCGUGUCCCCGGCGUCGUAUGUCAUCCUUGCUGUCAUCAUCACUUCGGAAUCCCAUAGCCGGAGCAGGCGAGCCAGUUCAAUGUCGAUGGAAUGGCCUUCGUCGACAAUUUGUGCAAGCGAGAGGGCGACCCAAAGGCCGCAACAGGCGAGAACUAGCGCACGGGAAGCCAUCGAUUUGAC